CGCGGUCCCCCUGGUCCCGCCUACCCAAGUCUUUCCAUCUUCCCAGUCUCUCUCCCAAAUCUGUUCCACUGUCCAGGCUAACAACAGUCUUCUCCUGACUGACCAUGACCAAAGCAGCAGAUCCCUACUACAACCGCAAGCCUGUUCCUGAUGAACUGGUCAAGGAUGUUGGCCUGACUGGAUUGACACCAGAAGAAGAGUAUUGGAACCGGGAAAAGAAAUUCACUGCACAUGGAGCAGAUGUGCGGCGUUUCAGCAAUAGUCUCAAGGGCGGUAUUGAGCCUCUCAAUGAUCCCUACUAUGGGCGGAAGCCAGUCAACGCGGCCGAGAUCUCCAACGUGGGCUUCACUGGCUUGAGCCCCGAAGAGGAAUAUUGGAACCGUGAACGCAAGUACAGCGCCACAGGCGUCGAUGUCAGGAAGUUCAGCAGCAGUAAAAAGGGCGGAAUGGCACCUCAAGAUGACCCAUACUACGGUCGCCGACGAGUCUCAGCCGCUGAGAUCGCCAACGUGGCCCCUCUUGAUGCCCACAUGACUCCAGCCGAACAAUACGAAGUCCGCGAGCGGAAGCAAUCCCUCUUCCAACUCUCCUCUGACCCGUUCGAUAUCAUGGCCAACCGCAACCGCCAGUCCAUUUCUGGAGCUACCACGGGGGCAUCUGCCGCAGCCACGCGACGCCGUAGCUCUGCCGUCGCUCCAGACGCGGCUGCGGCGGCUGCCUCGCAUAGCGGCUAUCACGGUGAGAAGCUGGCGCCCAUCGAGAGCCGGCCGGAGGGACCACCUACAAGCAGCAACAAUGAGGCGGCCAGUGGACAUACCUCGGACACAUUGAGUAGAGACUCGAUUGAUCCGGUCGAAGGAAGCCACGCGCGAGCCUAUGAUGCCGUGACGGCGGGACAUGAUCAUCCUGCUGAUCCAGACAGCGUUGCGCCUCACGAGGUGCGAUGAAUGACGAGUGAGAGUCCAGCAAAGGUUAAGAGUCGAGGAUGUUGUCAUUGAUGGAAAGACAGAAAUGGAUGAGGUGACACGAGCGUUGCGCACUCCUUGUUAUAUGGCAGUCCUUGCUGCCAACGGCGAAAGCGAGGGCGAAGUCGGUGGAGACGGCAAAGAUGAUACCCUUGGGCGAGAGGACCCGCGAUGCGAGCGGCUGGCUGUGCGUUCUGUGUACCUGCUAUGUUGUGCAUUCUCUUCAUAGUCUUAAUCUACAUUUCC